AUGUGUCAACGUGCCCUGUGCCAUCUCAUCAUUUUGGGCAUGCUUUACCAUUGGCAAGCUGACGUCCUGCCUACAAGGCUCUUUGCUUGCUCCGCGUCACGGAGAAAGAAAGUGAUCACCCCGCAACGAGAUGGACUUUCCGAACUUCAGCUGGAAACCUUCCAGACUGAACGAUGCUUUGGCAUUGCUGUGGACACGAAUCUGGACGCAUGCCGAGCGCACGUACUUCUUUUAGCGAGUUGCGACGAGGUGUAUAAGUUUCCGCUUGACAGCCUGGACCCCGUACAUUGGGACAUCCUUGCCAAGGUCCUGAAUGACAAGUCCUGUGUUAAGGCGGGAGUCGGCCUUGCACAGAAAAUGGAGCCCUUACUCGCGACGUUCCCAAACAUUUGCUUCGAGGCAUGGGUGGAUCUCGCAGAAUAUCUGUGGGUCAACUCUGUCACCACGGGGCGACUGAGCCUGGAUUCGAUGUGUCGCUGGCUGCUGCGGCGGCCCCCUGACCUGGGCGCGGGCCUAGAAGCCCCGGACUGCAGGAAGCUAUGGCCACGGGUGAAGGGACUGGUGUGUUUGCGUCAGAUCCAGGAUGGACUCGGCCGUGUAGACUGA